GUAAGACUAUCUUCUGACAUCACUCGGAAGAGCAUGUCAAGUAUCGAGUGGUUAGGGUUUGGGUAACACACAGAGGAAACUGCACCCUGACUGAUAAGCAGGCACGAAAACGACGCAUGGUGUUUCUGAAGGACUUUCCUGAUUUCUGGAAAUGACUAGUCUUUUUGGAUUAAAGCUCCUGGCACUAUGUGCCGGGCUGCUGGGCUCCAGUAUCCUAUGUCUUGGUAACAACAAUGAGACAUCCACACCUCCACUCACUGUAAACCCCACUCUGACUACACUCACACCUGCUAAAGCAGGCACUAAACAUUCUGAACCAGCCCUUAGCCCCACUCUUGCACUCAUCACUGCAACCCCUCCUUCCAACUACGGUGAUGUUCCUGCCUCACCAGGUCAAGGUCUUCCAACCCAAGAGCCAUCAACCUCUAUCACCACUCAUGCACUCACCACCCUUACAAAUCAUGCAAACACCAACAAUCCUGGAUCACAAGGAGAAAAUGAUACUGAUACAUCUUUACCCACCAAUACUACCAAACCCACAAGCACCUCCUCUGAGAGUUCUAAUACUACAAGCACUGAAGACAACACAAACAAAACAACCACUCCUGCACGCACUGUCACCACGACAGCAGCAUCAAUCAUUACAGCCACGGGGACUUCAGCACAGUGCACUGAUCCCACAGGUGAAUACUUCAUUUCAGAAGCUGUAUAUAAAAUUAACAUCAGCUUUAGUACAACAGGAAAUGUUACUGUGGAGUAUUCAGAAUUGGGAUCGAAUUACAACCAGACCGAACAAUUUGAUGUUAAACUCAACCAAACAGUUAAGAUUGCAAACUUGACUCCGUGUACUACUUAUGAAAUCAAUGUCUCUCAAGGAAGCUGCCAAUUGAAAGGAAGCAAACGAUUUACAACAGUAAAAAUGGACCCCAAGAUUGAAUUGAAGGAUGGAAAGUACAUCAAUAACACAGCUCUACAGCUAGAGGUUAAGAUCCCAAAUAAGGCAAAAGAAUACAUAAACCUUACAGUAAACUGUGAUAAUUGCAGAGAUACGACAGAGAAGCCAAUAACAACGACAGUUAUCUUUACGGAUCUUGUAAUGUGUACCAACUAUAAGUUUUAUUUAAGAGGAAACACUACGUGUAACACCUCCAUAAACGAAGAAUUCAAAACAUCAGUUCAACCAGGUCCCCUUUCCCUGGAGUUCAAUGUCACUGCAGCUAAGACAUCUGCAACCCUUAACUGGAAACUAUAUAACGGUCUGGAAUACAGAUAUGGUUGUAAUAAAGCAGAUUCCAGUACCAACCGUUUUCCUGAACAGACUAUCAAAUAUAAAGAUACAGCAACUGUUGAGAAUCUGACACCAUUUACAGAGUACUUAUGCUAUGUGACACCCUACUGCAACAAUGUAUCGUUUAACACAAGCACACAAAAAGUAACAACCUGCGGAAAUCCUGGAACACCAACCAAUGUUAAAUAUAGUAUUGGAGACCAUUCAAUUACAAUUACAUGGUCUUCACCUGAAGAAAAUUUUUUUUUUAAAAUCCAGUGCCCUGACAAAGGCAAAGAAUUUACAGAUUCGAAAAGUGAACAUGUAUGUGGAAAUCUAAAAAGCAAGAAACAAUAUGACAUAGUGCUUUUUACAUACACUGAAUGUGAAGGUUUCAUAUUUGCAGGACAACCUUUCGAAAUAACAGUAAUGGCUCCUGCUAGACCGAAAAAUGUUAAAGUCUACUUUCCAGAGAACAAUCAAAUAAAAAUAGUUUGUGAUGGAAAAGCAAAUGAUGGAAUAUGGUAUUUGUCAAAGAUGUCCAAAUCUGAUUCAACAGACUUGAAGCAUAACCGAAUCUGUGAAUUCAAUUAUUAUAAUCUUCACUAUCUAACAGAGUAUACAUUUGAGGUAAGAAUAUAUAAUAAUCUUACCACAAGUGACCCUGAAAUAUUUACAGCAACCACCAAAUAUAACGACAAAGCUUUGAUUGGGUUCCUGGCAUUCCUCAUUGUUCUGACCUCUUUAGCCCUUGCCUUUGUUCUAUACAAAAUCUACUUGCUGCAGAAGAAAAAUUCAGACUCUUCUGAUGAAUCUGUAGAGCUCAUUGGGCGUGAUGAAGAAAAGCAGCUUCUCAAUGUGGACCCCAUCACAGCAGACAUGUUGCUGGACACCUACCGAAGGAAGAUGGCUGAUGAGGGGAGACUCUUCCUUAGUGAAUUUCAGAGCAUCCCAAGAGUUUUCAGCAAAUGCGCAAUAAAAGAGGCACGCAAGAAUUGUAACCAGAGCAAGAACCGCUACGUUGAUAUACUACCUUAUGAUUAUAAUCGAGCCAUUCUUUCCCCAAUUAAUGGAGAAGCCGGGUCAGAGUAUAUCAAUGCAAGCUUCAUAGAUGGCUACAAAGAACCAAAAAAAUACAUUGCUGCCCAAGGUCCCAAGGAUGAGACAAUUGAUGAUUUCUGGAGAAUGAUUUGGGAACAGCAAUCAUCCAUUAUCGUCAUGGUGACCCGCUGUGAGGAAGGAAACAGGAAUAAGUGUGCUCAAUAUUGGCCAACUAUGGAGAGAGAAGUCGAGAUCUUUGGAGAGCUUGCUGUGAAGUUAAAUGAGGAAAACAAAUGCCCUGACUACAUCAUUCGAAAGCUCACCAUCACAAAUAAGAAUGUGAACAACUCAGAGCGAGUUGUGACUCACAUCCAGUUUACCAGCUGGCCUGACCAUGGAGUCCCUGACGAUCCUCAGCUGCUUCUGAAGUUACGCCGAAGAGUGAACUCUUUCAACAACGUCUUCAGUGGCCCGAUUGUCAUUCACUGCAGUGCUGGAGUAGGUCGUACUGGUACCUAUAUUGGCAUAGAUGCCAUGAUAGAAGGGUUGGAGGCAGAGGGGCGUGUUGAUGUUUAUGGCUAUGUGGUAAGACUCCGUCGCCAGCGCUGCCUCAUGGUGCAGGUAGAGACCCAGUACAUAUUGAUCCACCAGGCUCUGAUUGAACACAAUCAGUUUGGUGAAACUGAGAUUGCCCUCUCUGAACUGCAUUCCUCCCUGAACACUUUAAAGUCACGUGACUCUCCAACAGAGCCAUCCCUUCUGGAGGCAGAAUUCCAGAGACUUCCCAAUUACAGAAACUGGAGGUUACAAAAUGUAGGAAAACAUGAAGAUAAUACCAACAAAAAUCGCUAUUCCACUGUUGUUCCAUAUGAUUAUAACGGAGUGCUUAUUAAGCUGGAAGAUGAGAUGAGCCAAGACAGCGAUCAUGAAGAAGACGCUGAGGAGUCCUCUGAUGAAGAAAGCGAUGACGAAGACUCGACCAAAUACAUCAAUGCAUCUUACAUAAAUGGCUACUGGAGCAAAAGAUCUCUGAUUGCUGCCCAGGGACCGCUUCCAAAUACCAUUGAAGACUUCUGGCACAUGAUCUUCCAGAAGAAAGCAAAGGUCAUUGUUAUGCUAACAGACUGCAAAGAAGGAGACAAGGAUUAUUGUGCUGCAUACUGGGACGAUGAGAAGAAGCUAUAUGGUGAGAUUGAAGUUCAGGUUACUGACUGCAACAAAGCUUCCGGCUACACAAUCCGUGCUAUUGAAAUAAGGCACACAAAGAGGAAAGAAACACGAAAAAUCUACCAAUAUUAUUAUCACAUGUGGAGUGGGUUGGAUCUUCCAGAAGGCUCAGAGGAGCUGGUUGCUAUGAUAAAAAGCAUAAAACAGAAGAUUCCAUCUAAAUCUACCCAUAAUAAAUCCAAGCAUGAUAAGAACGUGCCAUUGGUUGUUCACUGCAAUGAUGGAUCAACAAGAACUGGGAUAUUCUGUGCUCUAUGGAAUCUCAUGGACAGUGCAGAAAUUGAAGGGGCGGUAGAUGUGUUCCAAACUGUAAAAGCUCUGCGUAAAGAAAGGCCAGGAUCACUAAGAUCCUUUGAACAUUAUAAGUUCUUGUAUGAUGUGAUGGCAAACACCUUUCCUGCCCAGAAUGGGAAGGUGGAGUCAAGCUCUGCCCAGGCAGAGGACACUGUUGAGGUUGUUAAUGAACAGCAAGCAGGAACGAAGGAGCAGCCUGAAGAUGGAGAAGCAGAGCCCAAAAAGGAAUCUGCAGAGUCAAAAGAACCCACCAGUGCUGCUGAGAAAGCAGCAGUAGAAAGUUCUGCCAAUGGCCCAACCCUCAGUUAGAGAGCCAGUUAAAAAACGAAACACACGUGUAUGUGUGUUCAGUUUUAAAUGUUUAUAGCUUCUGUUUUUAAUGACUAUGUUUUCAUGCAAACCAUGAGAAAGGCAAGGACAAGAUUUUGAACCUGAACAGAUGAAUGUAUAUUAUUAUCUUACAGACUGAAAUCAGGUCAUCAAAGGGGUAUGUACAUGCGGAAAGGUAAAACACUGAAAUGUGUACCGUAGGUCAGUUGAAGAAGAAAUCAUUUGCUAAAUUGUACUUCAACCCAGUUACUCUUUUUCACCUUUCCUUUUAAUGUGUCACUUGCAUGCAUAAGAUGUAGAUGAUAAAUUACAAAAUCAGGAAUUUUAAAAUGAAGUUUACCACAGUAUCACAACAAAUGACAUUUAUUCCAGUUCCCUAAACAGUUGAGAGUGCUUUGAUGCUAAAGUUCUCGUUCCAGCCUUCCUGAUCAGUGAGAUCUGUCCCAUCCUCUAGUUCCCAAGCCAGGCUGGGCUGUGCUUUGUACAACACCACUGAAACAUCCAUUUAAGGGGACCAAAAACAUGUCCCAAUAACUAGCUACUGGUACUGUUCAACACCGUUUGAAAUUAGACCGGACAAUGAUUUAACCCCUUGUUUGCACUACUUCUCUAUAUCUUAUCAAACUAUAACUGUGCUUUUGUUAAAAUGCUUUUGCACUUUUUUUUAAAGAAUUGCCCGUACUGAUUUAUAGUAUAUAUUACAGAGUGAAUCCAUAUGAUUUCAUUAAGCUUAUGAACAUUUUCUCUUGAUUGUUUUGAAUGAUUUUUAAUUUUCUAUGCAAAAAUCAUACUUUUAUGUUGUGCUGUAUAUGUACAGAAACCAUUUAUAUUUGUAUUGUAAUGUUAUGAGGGGUGGAGUCAAUUGGUGUGCAAAUAAGAUAGACAGGUAGAGAAAACACAUAUGGAUCCCUGGUGGACAUUUUGUACCACAUACAAUCACACUCCAUUUUGGAUAUGUCAUUGUCAGUUGGACUCAGGGAAAAAUAAAAAUCUGUCAACAUAAUUACAUUUUAUAUUACAUAAACAGUGAGAAAAAUUACCAUGGUCAAAACAAUACAAUAAAAUCUAACUUUAUUUUUCAUUUUUCUACUGAUUUUGUUAUUGAGAUUCUGGGUCAGAAUUGUUAUGAAAAUACAUGCACUUAUAUGAAAUGUAAGGCAUAAAGUGUAUCACCUGCAUGAAUUUGUUAGUCUCCAGUUUUAAUAAAUAUUCCUUACAAUAGAAA